CCAACUAAACUCAAUAAGUCCACAUUUCUUGAUUUUUAAAAGAACAGAUUUUUUCCAUGCCAUACUCGUUUUCGUGUUUCGUGAUUUUUAUGUAGAUUUCUUAUUAAAAAUAAUUUUCCCUACAAUUCCACCCUAUUUUCAAGCUUAGAUUCUCGCAAUUCGGACGUGUUCUCAUAAGUGUGAUUUGAAUAUCAACGCGUUUUUUUGACCUCGAAGCCCGGGAAAAGGGAUCUCAUGUUUUCAUGGCCAAAUAUCUGCAAGAUACGCUAAGAUUCUAACGCCAUCAUCCAAAAGAAGGUCAGAGUGAAGAAAGUUGUUUUGGCAGCUUGUGCCGUCCCAACAUGUAAAUCUAUUUGCUCCAUAUGUUGUCGGGUUCAGGUAGACUUUCAGGGCAAACGGAAAUCGAGAAAUUCGAUUGAUAUGGCUUUAUGCUACUGUUUGUAUCAAGAAAGUCCAAGUAUCGCCGAGUUUAUAGCUGCCCAAGAAUUUAAUCAGUCUCGGGAUGCGAGAGUGAGUGCGAUUUUUUAUUUGGAAAAUGGGGUUUUUGAGCUUCUGCUUCUUUGCGCUUUGGGUGGUUGGAAUUGUUGCUGGGCAGCCGAAAACUGAACCCCGUGAAGUGGAUGCUAUCAACAAGAUAAUUGACCAUUGGAAUCUGAGGAGUAAGCUGAAUUUAACUGGUGACCCCUGCAAUAAAAAUGCCACUUGGGCUUCUGAUUCUGCUAAUCCAAGAAUUGCUUGUGAAUGUACUGACAGUUGGGGCACAAGCUGCAGAAGUGGGGUCAAAGCCCCUCACUUGAGUUCUAGUGCGUGCAUGAAAAUCUAUGCUUUAGAUAUCUCUGGUGAGAUUCCUCAAGAACUGUUCCUGCUCACAGAAUUGAUGGAUUUGGAUUUGAAUCAGAACGUGUUAAACGGGUCCAUUCCAUCAGCCUUAGGGCAGCUAUCAAAAAUGCAAUAUUUGGCUUUUGGCAUUAACAAUUUCACAGGUCCAGUGCCUGCAGAGCUUGGUAAUCUCACCAAGUUGAUCGUCUUAAGUUUCAGCUCAAACAAUUUGGAAGGAACCUUACCUCCUGAACUCGGAAAUUUGGCCUCCUUACAACAGCUGUACAUUGAUAGCAGUGGAGUGGGUGGACCAAUUCCAGAAGAACUUUCAAAUUUGAAAUCACUCCAAACUCUGUGGGCAUCUGAUAAUGGUUUUACCGGAAAAAUUCCAGAAUUUUUGGGAAGUUUCACUAAUCUGAAAGACCUGAGACUUGAAGGAACGAACCUCGAAGGACCAAUUCCAAGAAGCUUUGGUGCUUUGACCAAGCUGCAGGACUUGAGAAUUGGCGAUCUUAGUGGUGGCGAUAGUUCUCUGAAUUUCUUAGGGAAUUUGACAAGACUCUCCACUUUAUCAUUGCGAAAUUGUCGCGUUAGUGGCCAAAUUCCAGAUACACUAAGCUCUUUCCCCAACCUGAAGUUCUUGGAUUUGAGUUUCAACAAGCUAACCGGUCAAAUUCCAGCCUCUUUUAAAGACUUCGCGUCACUGGAAUACCUGUAUUUGGGAAGUAAUAACCUUAGUGGGGAUUUACCUUCUGAAAUUUUAGGUUCAGAACUUUCAGAUCUUAUUGCCUUAGACGUCUCGUUUAAUCCUCUCACUGGCAAGGUCCCUCUGGAGAGGAAAGGCAUGUCAAUAAAUGUAGUUGGGACUUCAAUUGAUGAUCCCAAUUUGAAUAACACGAAAGGAGCCACUGAGUUGCGUUGCAUUACAGGCAAUAGCACGUGCAAUAUCAAAAAUCCCCCCACUUCAUUUGCUGUCAACUGUGGUGGAUCAAAAAAGAUAUCCACAGAGGGCACCACGUUCGAGGCCGAUAAUGAAACUUUAGGAGCAGCCUCGUUGUAUUUGAAUCCCGAUGGCCAAUUUGCAGUUAGCAGUGCUGGGAUUUACAUUUCCAAUCCAAACGGGCCCCAGUACAUAGCCAACACACUAUCUCAAAUAACCAACACUUUGGAUUCUGAACUAUAUCAGACGGCCCGAAUAGCACCCUCCUUGAGGUACUUCGGGCUUGGGCUGGAGAACGGAAUGUACCGAGUCGAACUUCAUUUUGCCGAAAUACAGAUGCUUGACUCGAGUUCCGGUUCUUGGAAAGGUCUAGGCAGGCGAUUAUUUGAUGUCAAUAUUCAGGGUAAAAGAGUUCUUCAAGAUUUCAAUAUAGCAAAGGAAUCUGGAGGAUCAAAGAAUGCCCUGGUUAAGAAAUUCAUGGCUAACGUGACGAACACCGUUUUGGACAUUCAUCUCCUUUGGGCCGGGAAAGGGACUUGCUGCAUUCCGUACCAGAGCACGUAUGGCCCUUUAAUCUCGGCCAUCCGAGUUUCUCAAGUGUCCGAGUUUGAGGAUUCAUCAAAGAGCGGCAAAAAACAUGUCGGAAGGCAAGGCAAGGCACGGGAGACUUGAAUCUGAGAUUUUAAGGAAAGACUGAAGGUGUUUCUAGUUUUUCUUGAUCGUACAAUAAUGUGGAACAACGUUCAUGUCAAGAAGUUGAUGCACAUGUGCUCACUUUAUUUCUGUCAAUUUAUGCUUAACCUUGAAUUUGGUAAGAAGUUGGAUUGGAUCAAAUGUUUUGGCUUUAUGACUUACGUCUCGUUGUAUUGUAUUUUUCAAGUAUUGAAUUUUAUGUGUUAUUACUUCUUGACGCUAUUAUACGACUGAUUGGUAUGUUUCUAAUAGAAGUCAGUUCUAG